UGAAAUCGUUAGGAGAUGUUGCGUGAUGGGGGGAAGAGAAGAGACGACAUUUCGGAUGACAGCUUAACGUCCCGCCCCCGUGCGUCUGACGUCACUGCCGUGCGUCUGACGUCACUGCCCGACGUCGGACCGGACUGUUUGUUCUGGAUUUGGGGCAAGAAGGUCUGCGACGCGCGGACGAGCGACCGAAGAAGGUUUGGCGCCCAUUCCUGGUUCUGGCCGUACGUGAAGUAUCUGCCCGCUCGGCUGAGCUAUGAUUGCACAUCUGCAUUAGACCACAGCUGCACAGCGACCAGCAUAGACCCAAGUGAGGACUGUAAUGGCCUGAGGGCCCCCCCCCUCCCACCUGGCCCCGCCAUGUCCUAUCCGCUCAAGCUGUCCGCUCAGUCACUGCAACCCUCCACGGCGAUGGGAGACGGGCCAGAGGCCGGCGGCAGCCAGAGCCUCCCCCCCGCCCCCCUGCCACUGGCCUUCAACGCCGCGCCCCCAGAAAUAUGGAGCCCCUCCCGACCCAAGCGACAGACCAACCAGCUGCAGUUCCUGCUCAAAGAGGUGCUGAAGACGCUGUGGAAACACCACUUUGCGUGGCCCUUCCAGGCUCCCGUAGACGCCAUCAAGCUGGGUUUACCUGACUACUACAAGAUCAUCAAGAUCCCUAUGGACAUGGGCACCAUAAAGAAGCGCCUGGAGAACCACUACUACUGGAACGCCCACGAGUGCAUCCAGGACUUCAACACCAUGUUCACCAACUGCUACAUCUACAACAAGCCUGGCGAUGACAUCGUCCUGAUGGCGAAGGCCCUGGAGAAGGUUUUCCUCCACAAGAUCACAGAGAUGCCGCAGGAGGAGACGGAGAUCGCCGUGGUCACCAAGGGACGCCGCGGAGGCCGACGGGAGCCAGGUUUCAAGUCGGAUUCGGGCCAGGACUCGUCUCCCUCCACCACCCCCCACGCCCGGGGCUUCUCGUCUCCCUCCAACAUGGUGCCGACCCAUGCUGUGCCCCCCCCUCAGGGCCCUCCCGCCCUGACCCUGUCCCAGCCCCCACGGGUGCCCCCCACGCCCAGCUCCCACGCGCCCCACCUGGGCCCUCCGUUCCCCCUCUCAACACCGGAUGUUCUGGUUCAGGGCGUGACCUCUGUCCCCCCCCCGGCCCUGACGCACCCAGGCCUCCCCCCUGCUCCCGUGCUGCAGAGCCCCCCCGCCCUCAUCAAGCAGCAGAGGAAGAGCCAGAAGAGGAAGGCUGACACCACGACGCCCACCGCCAACGACCAGCUGAGCGAGUCCCCCCCCGUCCCUGCUGAGACUCGGCAGCGGCGGGACAGCAUCCGCCCAUCCAAGACGCCCAAAAAAGACACGUCUCAGCCUGACUCCCAGCACCACCCGGGAGGGGGGCCGGGGGAGGCGGCGGCGGCGAGGGGGGGGGCGGCGGUCGCCCAGAAGCGGCAGGAGCAGAUGCGUUGCUGCGCGCGGCUGGUCAGGGAGAUGCUCUCCAAGAAACAUGUGGGGUACGCGUGGCCCUUCUACAAGCCCGUGGACGUGAAGGCCCUCGGUCUCCAUGACUACCACGACAUCAUCAAGCACCCCAUGGACCUCAGCAACAUCAAGAGGAAGCUGGACACCCGGCAGUACAGAGACGCUCAGGAGUUUGCAGCAGACGUCCGCUUGAUGUUCUCCAACUGUUACAAGUACAACCCCCCCGAACACGACGUGGUGGGGAUGGCGCGCAAGCUACAGGACGUGUUCGAGAUGCGUUUUGCCAAAAUGCCAGACGAGCCGGAGGAGCCGGCCCCCGUUCCCACCCCGUCGUCCGCCCUCCACCCCGCCCCCCCCUCGGCCCGACAAGCCCCGCCUCUUCCCCGCAUCUCGGACAACGACAGCUCCAGCUCCUCGGAGUCGGAGUCCUCGGGGGGGGACUCCGAGCACGAGAGGCAGCACCGACUGGCCGAGUUACAGGAACAGCUUAAAGCUGUGCACGAGCAGCUGGCGGCGCUCUCUCAGCCCCCCGCCUGCAAACCCAAGAAGAAGGAGAGGGAGAGGGAGAAGGAGAAGGAGAGGGAGAGGGAGAAGGAGCAUGAGAGAGAGAAGAAGAAGAAGGAGAAGCAAAAAAAGAAGAUGGCAGAAGAAUUUGCGGAGGGGCCCCCCCCCUCUGUGACACUGACGGGCGGCAAGAAGAUCAAGAGCAGCAAGGAGCCCAUUGCAGUGAAGAAGGAGAGGAAGAAGCCCAGGAAGGACGGUGUGAGAAACAGCCGGGGGCUCGCCCCCCCGCAGCCCGAGCCCACGCCCCUCGUCCCCUCGGCCUCGCUGGAGGCAGAAGAAGAGCCGGAUGUGUUUGGGGGCGUGUCCUCCGACCGGUGCCGGCCCAUGUCCUACGAGGAGAAGCGCCAGCUGAGCCUGGACAUCAACAAGCUGCCCGGAGACAAACUGGGCCGCGUGGUCCACAUCAUCCAAACCAGGGAGCCGUCUCUGAAGAACUCGAACCCGGACGAGAUCGAGAUCGACUUUGAGACGCUGAAGCCGUCCACGCUGAGAGAGCUGGAGAAGUACGUCUCCAGCUGCCUGAAGAAGAAGAGGAAGAGCCCCUCAGGAGAAAAACCUCUGGAAGCGACACACGUGCCGAAGGUGAAGACGGGAUCCUCGUCUUCAGGCAGCAGCGACUCGUCCGACAGCGAAGACUCUGAGAAUGCAGGGCUGGUUCCCAAGCUGCAGAAGAAGAUCCCGCCGAUCAAAGACGCCAAGGGGCCCGCUCCGGUCCCUCCUCCUCAGCCCCCCCACACCCAGCCCCCGGCGAUCCAGUCCAAACCCCCCCCCCCUGCCAUGGUCCCGUCUCUGGACUCGUCGCAGCUGAUGGGCUCUGGGUUUGAUCCUCUGGCUCAGUUCAUUAACGCUCACCUGCGAUCCAACGCCGAGCCCCCCGUCACCGCGGUGCCCGGCCUCCUCCACGCCAACGCCCCCCCCGGGACGCACCCCUUCCUCCCCCAGCUGCCCGUCACUCCGUCUCCAGCGAUCCACAUCGCUCUUCCCCAGCAGCCAUCUCGGCCCAGCAGCAGAGCCGCGCCCCUUCCUCCCAAACCCCUGCAGGCCCCUCCCCCGUUGUCACUGCCUCCGCCCCCCUCGCCCCAGAUCCAGCCCUCGCUACCACUCGCCCUCCUGCCGCCCGUCCCCCGUGUGCCGUCGCCCCCCUCGCACGGCUUCCUGGGAACCCUCUCGGCACAGCCCCCCCAAGCCCUGCUGGAAGGCGAUGAGGAGCUCACCCCCGCCACUCCUCAAACCCCGCCCCUCAGUCAGGACCACACCUUCAUGCAGCCGCUGCAGGCUCGGCCCGCCGUGCAGACGCAGCCCCGCCCUCAGCCUGCGCCCGCCCCCCCCCACGUGCCCCACCCGUUCCCUCCCACGGCGCCGCAGCAGAAGGGGGGGGCCCUGCAGCAGAAGCUGCAACAGUCGCCUCGCAGCAAAGCAGAUUCCUUCUCAGCAGGUCAUCUGCCACAGGUUCCCUCCCCCCUGAUGAUGCAUUCUCCUCAGUUCCAUCUGAUGGGACAACACUCGCCCCCCCAGACCCGGAAGCAUGAGCAGAAGUCACACCCUGUGGUGGUCAAAGAGGAGAAACCCCCCCUGCUGCCCUUCAGCCCCCCCUCGCGCUACGACGCACACAAACACGACAGCAAGCACAGAUCCGACCUGAAGCUCCUGGACGUUUCUCGUCAUCGCCUCCCAGACUCGCCCAUCUGCUCCCAGCAAGACCUCAAAACCACGCAGGAGCCCAAAGCUCCAGCGGCCCCUAAGAAGACCCAGGAGGUGAAGCUGAAGAACAUGGGCUCCUGGGCCAGCCUGGCUCAGAGGUCUCAGUCCACGCCGGCGUCCUCGGGGCGCUCCUCCAGCGACAGCUUCGAGCAGUUCAGACGGGCGGCGCGGGAGAAGGAGGAGAGGGAGAAGCAGCUGAGGGCGCAGCAGCUCCGCCGGGGGCAGGAGAAGCUUCGUAACCGUGACGACGACGACGAGCCCAUGGAGCAGGCGCGUCCGUUGCAAGAAGAAACCCGCCGUUGCCCCGAGCAACCCUCCCCGCCGGCCCCCACCCCUCCGGCCUCCAGCCCGCCCACUUCCUCCCCCCAGGCCCCGCCCUCACAACCACAGGGCGCAGCCCCGCCCAUCGACCAGCGGGAGAUGGCACGCCGCCGCGAGCAGGAGAGGCGCCGGAGAGAGGCGAUGGCUGACACCAUCGACAUCAACUUCCAGAGCGACCUGAUGGCCAUUUUUGAAGAGAAUCUGUUCUGAGGGACACUCUUUACCCACAAUGCACUGGCUCAUGGCACACACACACACACACACACACACACACACACACUGUUGAUAGUAACUCUGUCUCUAGUAUUUGAAACAGCUGGCUUGUGUCAUGUGAGCGAGAGAAGUGAAAAUAGAAGAAAGAAGCAGCGCAACUUGUGAUCAAGUAACUUCCCCCCCUCAGUUAUUUUGUGUCAUUUUUUAAAGGACUUUUACAUAUUAUUAUUAUUAUUAUUAUUAUAUGACAUAUGGUGGUGUCCUGUCCCUUUAAGGGGGGGUUCUCUGCUGCUUUGUUCCUCCUCAGAGACCUUUUGCCUUAGCGCUCUGUAAGCUAACAAUCAUCCACAUGAUGUAGAUACUCACAUGAAUACAUGCAAUAAUAUAUAUAUAUAUACGUAUAACAUAUAUAUAUAUAUGUAUAUUCUAUACAACUGAUGGGGGGUUGUGUGUUUUGUAGAAUUUACUGUAAAGAUCAGAUCCUUUUCUAUGGAGACCUGCAGGUUUCCUGUUUCCUGUCCUUUUGUUUUUUUAACGUGUCGAUCUUCUCACUUUAUAUUAAAGGUUUUAUUGAUAUUUAAUUUCCACGUUUUCCAGUUUGCUCGCGUUUCUUCUUUUUUUAAACUUUUAUCUUCCCUCCUUUGUUUCCUCUCGACACGUUGUCUGUGACUUCCUGCUUCUCGUCGUCAUGGUAACCGACGUGCAGGUGUUUGUUUCCUGUUGGUUUAUUUGAAGAAGCUGUCGGUGAAUCACACCAUGGACGGAGUUUUUUAAGAAAAGUAUUAAAAUAAUAUUUAA